AUGACGGGAAAAAAUCAAGAACCAACAGAUAACCAGAGUGAUGCAACGAAAAUUAAAAUAAUAACGGAAAAAAUAAAAUCACUGGAAGAUAAUGUAACAAAGGUGCGUAAAGAAGUUAGUAAUUGCUUUGAAGAUUUAAAAAAUUCAAUAAUGGCAAGAGAGAAACAGUUGCUUCGACAAAUAGAGGCUAUUCAUAAUCAGCAACUAUCUAUAAUUCAGUCCGAUUGGAAACUAGUUAACUCAAUACCUGCUAUUGGAGUUGAUUUGGUAAAUGACUGCAAAGAUAUUAGUUUGUCGAUUAUUAAACUUGGUAAAAUUGAAUUUCCUGAUAGUAAAGACAAUUUAAUUGUUAAAAAUAUCGAACCGUACAGUAUUCAUGAAUACGAAGAUGACAAAAAAGAUCAUAUUACUUUUGAUAAAUCAAUACAAGUUAAUGAAAACUAUGAUAAUAUUAUUAUUAAAUUAUCAGAUGUUACUUUCUCAAAUGUUUCCAAAACUGAUAACAGUUCUGAUAGUAUUUUAAAAUCUAAAAUUAAUUUAAGCUCUCAAUUAUCGCUUGAUUAUAAAACUGAUAACGAUUGCUCACCGUUGUGUUCAAAAAAUAAUAAUAAUAAUAAUAAUAAUAAUAAUAAUAAUGUUGAUGAUGAUGAUGAUGAUAACUUAAUUAACAUAUCGGGUGAUAAUAAUAAUAAUAAUAAAACAAUAAAUUCAACUUUAAAUGUUUAUUCAGAGUUACAAAUAGCUUCUCAUAAUCAUCUUCCGCAGCAAACAAUUGUUAUUGAUAGUAAUAAUAGUAUUGAAAAUAAACAAAUUACUGAUGAGCAUCCAAAACAAAUUCAGCAGUGGCUUCAGCAAAUAUUAAUUGAAAGUGAAACAGAACCCUCAAUACAAGAAAUUGGUAAUUUUACCGAUGAAAUUUCUAAAUUUCGCUGCUCCGAAUCUUUAGUAGAAACUUAA